AAAUGAGUUUUGGUUUAAUUGACUCAUUUGACAGGAAUAUGAUUAAAUAUAUAGUCGUAUGAUUGCAAUGCAAUCAUUUACUGAACGGCACCGACAGGUGUUUGCAAAAGUAAUUUGUAAAACAAAUUCUACAAACAGUGACUUACUUUCACUUCUCGUAUAACAAAAUCCAAACAAUCUGUCGAUUCAAUCGUAUAUUAUAUACGAUUACAGAAUGAAAAGUAAUUUUUAUUAUUUUUUAUAAUAAUAUUCACAUCAUUCCCAACACAUCACACCAUAUCAUACAAUACCCAACACUCUCUCAAUGCUCUACAGAAUCCACAACUUUUAGCAUUCAGUAGUUUUCUCUCAAUUCAAGUCAAACUUCUCGUUCAUAUUGUGUUGAAAAUUGUUAAAUAGUAGUGAAAUUGAAAUAUUACAAAGUUUGUAAUACAAAGCAUCAUGCAAAGUUUACAAACUAUUCAAAUGGAUUUAUCCGAAAAGUAUUGCCAUAACUCGGAUCCACUCAUCAAUCCUUACCGCAGACCGAGUUAUGUGAAGAGGAAGAAGGAGUUGAUCGCGAAUAUGAUGGCAUCGCUUAACGGAACCACUCCUCCCAAUGGCAAUGCAGUUGUGCACACCGGCCCGCCGAUGCCGUGGUUUGGUAUGGAUAUCGGCGGAUCACUCGUCAAACUGGUGUACUUCGAGCCGACGGACAGCUCUCCGGCGGAGAUCGACUCGGAAUUGGAAACACUGAAGAAAAUCAGACACUAUUUGAAGCGAAACGCUUCGUACGGCGCGACCGGCAAACGUGACGUUUACCUCCAAAUGGAUAAGUGCUGUAUAAAUGGCAGAUACGGAACGCUUCACUUCAUCCGAUUCCCGACGUCCGAAAUGCCGGUAUUCCUGAAACUCGCCAAAUCCAAAGACAUCGCGCAUAUGGCGAGCACUGUGUGCGCGACCGGCGGCGGGGCCUUCAAGUUCGAGGCCGACAUCAAACGCGAAGUGAAUCUCGGUUUACAUAAGUUCGACGAAUUGGAUUCACUCAUUCACGGCAUCCACUAUAUCGAGGCCUACAAUCAACACGAGUGCUAUUACCUGUCGGAACCGUUGGACGACGACAAGUGCACUAAAACGCCGUACGAUUUCAGCCAUCCCUAUCCCUUUCUCGUGGUCAACAUUGGCUCCGGUGUCGGCAUUUUGGCCGUGUAUUCGCCCGAGAAAUACAAGCGUGUGAGCGGUUCCAGUAUAGGCGGCGGCACUUUCCUCGGCUUAUGUGCAUUACUUACUGGUUGUGAGACCUUCGAGGACGCCAUCCAAUUGGCAGCCAAUGGCGACUCCACUAAAAUCGAUAAAUCGGUUCGCGAUAUAUAUGGCGGCGAUUACUCCAAAUUCAAGCUCAGCGGUGAUAUCAUCGCCUCGAGUUUCGGUCACAUGUGUAGCGCCGAGAAGAGAGCUCAGGCAACACCGGCAGACUUGGCUCGGGCCACGUUAGUGACCAUCACCAACAAUAUCGGUGCCAUCGCUCGCAUGUGCGCUAAGAACGAGGGCAUCGAGAGAGUGGUAUUCGCCGGCAAUUUCUUGCGCGUCAACGAGAUAUCGAUGAAAUUGUUGGCGUUUGCGAUGGACUUCUGGUCGGGCGGAACACUGAAAGCCCUAUUCCUGGAACACGAGGGAUACUUCGGUGCCGUCGGGUGUCUACUCGAGCUCAUGAAGACCGGCCACUCGAGUUGACUCGACUCUCACUCCACAAAUCAUGGUUUCGAGACAUAAAUACAAUUGUUUUGACCCAUUGUUUAGAAUAGAUUUCUUUUUAAUAGUGACAUAAGAAAAAUUUAUAUCAAGUUUUUUAUGUGUUUUAAAACU